UACAUACGCCGCCAGUGCCAUGUGUAGCUGUACCUGUCUAGUCUUGUCAUGCUCUUGGAGAAUUCUUCCUAGUCCAUCAGUUCGGGGAAGCUAGAGCCCUUGCCUCCUGCUCGCCUCCCCCAUCCUGACUCCCUUUGACCAACAACACUAUACAGAGCGGGGUUACUCAAGGACUCUCUCCUCGAUCGACGAAUCGUGUCGUCGGGACUUAUCCCCUAUGAACGGGAUGGACGGGACUAGAGAUGGCCCGUUCGCUCUUCGUUUGACCCAGACGAGGGAAAACUUCCUCGAGAUGGGAGACGGAAAAAGUAUAAAAGGGGGUGCUGUUGACGGGUUGAGCUCGUCUUCUUCUUCUUCCUCUUUUCUUUCUUUCAAACAACUCUCAACUCCUCAAGUCUUCUCGAUCGUGAUCUACCCAGAGAUUAUCUUCCUCCCAGUGACUUACUUCGUCAAGACAUCUUUGCUCUUGACUCACCUACAACACAUACUCCCACCUGCCUUCACACAGACAAAGGACUUAGAAGUCUUGCAUACCUAUCACACGAACAUCUUGUCUAGCAAGUUUCGUUGCAAACACUUUAUUGUCGUUUCACUCUAGAGUUCUUACUCUACUAUUAUUAUCCCAGCCACUUAACGGUUCAACCACAAUGGCCUCCUACAACACUCAAUACUACGACACCGCGGCGAUGCCCAUCCCGUCCAAGGCUGAGCAAUACCAGCAGUACUACCAAAGCAGCGGUAGCAACUACUCCGUCUCUCCCACAGAAGACGACCAGCGAGAGCGCGACGCCUCCGUAACAUCCGGUGUUCCCUCCUACGGCAGCAGCACUAGCAAUGCCGCCAGCUACGCCACCAGCUAUGCUAGCGGCGACUACUGCGACGGCAGCCAAAGCGGCGCCUCCGCCAGCGGCGUUGACUUCAACGACUACAUGCAAAACCGAUUUGACGAGUCUUUCGACCCCAUCCCGUUGGACCGGAGCUUGGCUCGUCAAGCACAGACUUCUGGCAAGCUAAACAACAAGCACCGCGAGCUCCUAGAAAUGCAAGCGGCAGCACAAGCCCGCCUCGCCCGAUCGCGCGCCCGAUUCCAGCAGGGCCUGAACGACGCGCGAGAGGUGCACGCGGAUCUAGAGUGGACGUCCAAGAAAGUAUCCUCCCUAAAGAAGAAGGCCGAGAAGAAGCACUCCAAGGAGUACGAGAAGGCGCGCGAGCGAUACCCAUCGCCCGACUACUAAGCGUCCAACCAUGGUCUAGUUCGCGCGCUCUAAACACAUAUAUACCACAUACCCCAGUAUGUAUGUAUUUGA